GGUAUACAGAGAUCAGUGUUGCUGAGGAUUUUCACAGUUAGAAAAUAAUUUCAGGUAAAGUCAAGAUAAGCUUCUCAAUGUGUCUCCUCUGUGUUUCACUUUGUGGCACCCAUAGUACACAAGAAAGAGAUGGAGAACUCAACUGAGAUUGUGUCUUUUGUGCUGGCUGCCUAUGGUAACAUUGGAGAGUUAAAAUACCUGUAUUUCACCAUAAUGCUGUUAUGGUACCUCUCCAUUUGUGUGUUCAAUACAAUUCUUAUUGUGGUCAUAUAUAUGGACAGAAGGUUGCAUGAGCCGAUGUAUAUAUUAUCAUGUAAUUUAUUCGUUAAUGAAAUAGGUGGCAGCACAACAGUUUAUCCUCUUCUGCUCUCACAGAUGUUUUCAGAUACCCAUGAAGUGACCCUGCCAUGGUGUUUUCUGCAGAUGUGUUGUCUCUACACAUGUGUUUCUGUUGAGUUUUGCAGUUUAGCAGCCAUGGCGUAUGACAGAUACGUCUGUAUCUGUCAUCCUUUACACUACAAUGUCAUUAUGAGCACAGGGAGAGUAGGUGUGAUCAUUCUGAUUAUAUGGAUGUAUUCAUUUGUUAACUUUAUUUUCUCAUUUACAUUAGUCAUCAAAUUAACAUUUUGUGGAAAUGUCAUUGACAAAGUGUUUUGUGACCACCACUUAGUAAUUAAACUUGCAUGUUCAGUUUCAAUACUUCAUAGCAUAUCUGACCUGCUUUUUGCCUUUAUGACUAUUGUUAUCCCAUUUAAUCUCAUUUUAGUUUCUUACAUGAACAUUUUGUCUGUUUGUCUGAAUACUUCUAAAGAAAACAAGCAAAAAGCCGUCAACACGUGCACACCCCAGAUUGUCUCACUGUCAAACUUGUUUGUCGGCUGCUUUUUUCACUUUGUGGAUUCCAGGUUUAAUGUGGCCCAUGUACCGGAUAAAGUGCGCAUUAUAUUAUCUGUAUAUCUCCUUGUUUGCCAACCAAUGAUCACCCCCUUUAUGUAUGGACUUAACCUAACGAAAGUAAGACAAUCCUGUAAAAGAUUUCUGUUUGAUAGAAAAUAA